AUGGCAACCGAACUCCCAACCCGCACUACCAAUGGCGAGCGUAUGCCUCUUAAUGCUGCCGGCGAGGAUAACUUCACUGUUAAGACCGGAUUGGCGCGCAUGUUGAAGGGAGGAGUCAUUAUGGAUGUUGUCAAUGCUGAGCAGGCAAGAAUAGCAGAAGAAGCUGGUGCAGUAGCAGUCAUGGCACUCGAAAGAGUACCCGCAGAUAUAAGAGCCGAGGGCGGAGUGUCGAGAAUGUCAGACCCAAAGAUGAUUCGCGAGAUUAUGGCUACAGUUACCAUCCCAGUCAUGGCCAAGGCGAGAAUUGGUCACUUUGUAGAGUGCCAGAUCCUCGAAGCAAUCGGCGUAGACUACAUCGAUGAAUCCGAAGUCCUCACCCCAGCAGACCACGCCCACCACGUCGAAAAGCACCCCUUCUCCGUCCCAUUCGUCUGCGGCUGCCGAAACCUCGGCGAAGCACUCCGUCGUAUCAGCGAAGGUGCCGCGAUGAUCCGAACAAAGGGUGAAGCAGGAACCGGAGACGUCGUUGAGGCAGUCCGACACAUGCGAACUGUUUCCGCUGAGAUCAACGCCGCUUCCAGAAUGAGCGAUAUGGAACUCCGAGUCCUGGCCAAGGAGAUCCAAGCACCAUAUGAUUUAUUGAAGGAGACUGCGAAGCUCGGCAGAUUGCCAGUUGUGAAUUUUGCCGCUGGAGGUGUUGCGACGCCUGCUGAUGCUGCGUUGAUGAUGCAAUUGGGUUGUGACGGUGUGUUUGUUGGAAGCGGCAUUUUCAAGAGUGGCGAUGCUAGCAAGAGAGCGAAGGCUAUUGUGCAGGCAGUCACACAUUACAAUGAUCCUAAGGUUUUGGCGGAGGUGAGUGAGGAUCUUGGCGAGGCGAUGGUUGGAUUAAAUGUCGCCUCUAUGGAUGCGAAGGACAAGAUGCAAGGACGCGGAUGGUAG